AUGGAGUGGUGGGAUCAACGCCGAUAUGUGUGUAGCAAGUAUAUCUCUUCGUCUGCUCGUAUGAAUUACAUUCAGGGCCUAUCUACUGCUCUUUCCCACAGCAAUUAUACCACCUUUGCUAUUGAUAUUUAUGGCGUCUUACAUGAUGGGAGCAAGCCUUAUCCAUAUUCGAAAGACUGCUUGCAACAACUGACCAAUGCUGGGCAUCAAGUAUACCUGCUCUCCAAUUCGACUCGUCUCGGUGAUGCACUUGCACGCGAUCUCGACAAGAAGUAUGGCAUUGCACCUCAAUUGUACAAGGAGAUUGUGUCCAGUGGCGAAUUGACGUUGCUUUUCCUAAGCAAAUGUGUGGAUGCAUUCAAUAACAAGGAGACGACUACUUGCAACAACACCUUGGAACAUCCUUACAGCGCUACUGUGAUGGAAGGCAAUAUUGAAAAGGGCUUGAUGACACCCAAGGAGUUUGUUCAGCACUAUUGGAAGAACAAGGGCCGAUUCUUUUUGGUGGGUGAUGACGAUUACCAUGGACCAUUGUAUCAACCAUUUGAAUCGACAUUGACACGAGUGGAUGACUGGAAACAAGAUGGCAUUGAUUUUGUAUUGCUGGGAAAAGUCAAUCAACUCCCACAUGAGACGUCUCCCCUGGAUCCGUUCGAUGGUGAUAGCGUCAAGCAACAUUAUCAAGCAUUCAUGCAACAUUGCUUGGAACGACACAUUGUGUUUGUUUGUGCCAAUCCAGAUGUUUGGGCACCCAAUGGCAACGACACUUUGUUGGCAUGCCCUGGUUUCUUGGGUCAACUCUAUCAAGACAUGGGUGGCAAGGUCCUCUACUUUGGCAAGCCUUUUCCUACCAUCUAUCGCUAUUUGUUAUCCACCAAAGCGCAAGGUGACCCUGCACGUGUAUUAUGUGUGGGCGACAAUGUGGCCACAGACGUCAUGGGUGCACGACAACAAGGAUUGGAUGUUGCCAUGGUACUUGGUGGUGUCCACAGCAACCAGAUUGAUAUGACCAAACCCGAUGUAUCCCAAGUAAAAGCAUUAUGUGAGCAACACAAAGCACAAGAACCUACCUACAUUGUCCCUUUACUUCGCUUUUAG